AUGCAAGAGUCUAAAUGGGCUUGCAACAUAGUAUUUGGGCUUUCAAUUGCUCUUUACAUUCUAAAAACAUUUAACAUUGAAACACUCCUUCCUUAUGCUCCAAGCGUAUUCACUGUUGCCUUGGAUUUGAAGUUCCCCACAGUGGAUUUCUCACUUGAUGUAGUCGUCAAGGAAGAUAGACGACGAGACAAGCUUGCUCACCGACCGGAUAGCAUUUUGCUAGCUUUACAGCUUCGGCCAGCGUCACCGACUUCACAGCAAUAUAACUCGAUGUCUGGUAUUGGAUAG